AGCACUGAUUUCUAUCUCACUUGUUCAUUAGCAGGACCUUUGAACGGUCUGAAAUCUCCCGAGGCCCCUCACUCAGCAGUUGGGGAAGAGAUCCGCCCGGCAGCCGCGCCUUCAGGAGCCGCUCCAGCGCCCCGUGCGUGAAACCAUUCAAAAAGCGCAAUCUGCAGCCAAUGACGAGAAUGCAUCCCAGCUCAACGACCUCCACUCCGUUUUCUGUUAAGGACAUUUUGAAGCUGGAUUUCCACCAGAGCGAGUAUGAAAACGAGCUGCAGAUGGCGGACCAAGUUGUUCCGAUGCAUCAACAUCAGCUUGUGCGCGCUGCGUCCAGAGGCGAAGGGUUUUAUGACCACCGGUCUGAGAGGUGCGUCUUUGGGAUGCAGGGGAAGUUCGAUGUUCACAGCGCAGCAGUAGAAGAGGAGAUGGGUGAAAAAGAUGCGUGCGGUCCAGACUCUUCGCCUGACUUUGACGGUGACGCCAAAAGCAGGAGCAGGCUGCGCAGGAAGCCCCGGGUCCUCUUCUCUCAGUCCCAGGUGUCGGAGCUGGAGAGGCGCUUCAGGCAGCAGCGCUACCUGUCCGCCCCGGACAGGGAACACCUAGCCCGGACUCUCAAACUCACCUCCACCCAGGUCAAAAUCUGGUUCCAGAACAGGCGGUACAAAUGCAAGCGUCAGCGGCAGGACAGGUCUCUGGAGCUGGCCGGGUUCCCACCGGCACCGAGGCGCGUAGCGGUGCCGGUGCUGGUGCGGGACGGGAAGCUGUGCUGCGCGGGACCCCAUCACUCUGCGCCUUACAACGUAACGCUGGGACCCUACAACCCAGCGUUAGGCUGCGGAAACAGCGAGCUGUGCGGCUGCGGGUACCACGGCGUGAGCAGCUGCAGCAGCCAGGUGGCUGACUCGGAGGGACUGCUCCACCAGUUUCAGGCGUCUUUACAGGGUGUCAGAGGCUGGUGAUGACACAGAAACACUUUUUCUACACUGUUUUACGCCUGUAGCACAAGUUCAAUGUUUAAAAUAUCCAUAAUCCAU